AUGGCCUCGGCGCGGUCCCCAGACCCUCGCGCCCCUCGGGCCCCGCAGCUCCUGCUCCUGCUCCUGCUCCUGCUCCUGUCCCCCGGCUCUGCUGCCACCACGGCCCUGGGACCCGGCCCCAGUCAGGCGGGGGCCCUGCCGAGACCCCCAAACUGCGGCCGCCCACGUUUGCAGGGAAAGGUGCUGGGGGGCACCGAUGCCCCAGAGGGCAAGUGGCCUUGGCAGGCCAGUCUGCACUACAUAGGCUCCCAUAUCUGCGGUGCCUCCAUCAUCAGCUCUCACUGGGUGCUGACAGCAGCCCACUGUUUCGAAAAGAACUGGAACAUCAAAGCCUAUGAUGUGUACGUGGGACUGGUGAACCUUCAGGUCCGUGGGAAAUACACCCAGUGGUUUGAGAUACACACGGUGAUCCUGCAUCCCACCUACAAGCUGUUCCACCCUAUCGGGGGUGACAUUGCCCUAGUACAGCUGAAAACCAGCAUCGUGUUCUCUGACUUCGUGCUUCCUGUCUGCCUGGCCCCCCCAGAUGUGCAACUUAGCAAUCUCACUUGCUGGGCUACCGGAUGGGGAAUUGUGUCUCAACAAGGUGACACCUCCUCCAUGCUGCAGGAGGCUCGCCUACCUCUGAUCCCGAAACUUCUGUGCCAGCUGCUCUACAGCUACAUGUCCUAUGUUCUGCCAGACAUGCUGUGUGCUGGAGACCUGGAAGAUCUGAAGACCGUGUGUGAGGGUGACUCUGGGGGUCCACUGGUCUGUGAAUUCAACAACAUAUGGAUGCAGGUUGGAUCUGUGAGCUGGGGCCAUGGCUGCCUGGCCCCGGUGUACCCUGCGGUUUAUGCCCGAAUCUCCUACUUCUCCAAGUGGAUCAGAGACCAAGUAGAAAAGACACCCCCACCUCCACAGCCUCUGCCUCUGCCAGCUUUGUCCCCCACUCGGGGCACCACUGUCAGCGUCCUUCUGGCAGUACUCAGAGGUUACUCC